CGACAAACACAGCACUGUUCGUGAAUGCAAUGAAUGACAACACAGUGACUGUGAAUGCAUUGAAUACAUGAACGCAAUCACAAUCAGUGGUUGUAUUGGCGAUCAGUGAUCACUGAAUCAGUCACUCAAUCACCACUCAAUCGGACAAUCAUUUACUCCCAACUCAUCCAUCCAUUGAUCGCUUACAUGAAUGUCUACUUAAUUACCAAUUGAUACCAAUAUUAGUGUCAUUUGAAUGGUUUGACAAAUGGAUACCGAAUUAAUACGAGUGAAGGCCGCCUUCAAUGGGCAAAUUAUGGUCAUAUAUAUCAAAGACGAUAUAUAUCUCAACGACUUGUGUAACGAAAUGCGAGACAUUUGUCGGUUUGGUUCCCAACAGAGUUUUACUAUGAAAUGGGUUGACGAAGAAGGCGAUCCCUGUGUCAUCUCAUCGCAGGCAGAACUCGAAGAAGCAAUUCGUUUAUAUGAAGUGAAUAAAGAUUCCGAAAUCACAAUUCAUGUGUGCCACAAGUGCCGGGACUUCCCUGUCCUGGGGAAGACAAGAGUAUAUACCGAAGAGGGGCCCGAAGAUGGAGAAAACAUUAUAGACUUAACGGACAUAUAUUUCAGGCCAAACGAUUCAAUCGAGUGA